AUGCAUCCUGUUACGUGCGCCAAGCUGCGGGUUCCUUUGCCGGCUUUUCCGCUGUCGGCGCAUGCUCCCAGCACCGUCCAACGUGGGGUGCCAGUGCAGAACGAUGGGGAAUGCAAGUGGCAUCGGAGGCAACAUCUCCGGACAGGAUCCGUGUGCUCCUAUUCAUCGGGUUUUGUUGCUGCCUUCGGUGCUGUCAGCACACGGCAGAUCCCACCACAACGUUACACGGCGCUCUGGGCACGGCGCCAAAACAGUUAG